UGAGUCAAUAAACGCGUGCCUCCCAAUUUGUUUGGCCAACACUCAAAACACUUGUUAUAUAAACCACAACACACAGCCAUCACAUAGCUCAACAAACUAUUUCUCGCAUCAUUUCCAGCAUGACACAAGAAGAUGAACCACAUGGCGAAGAAAUUCAAACUCUGCACCUCAACGACUUGAAGGCGCUCUCGGUGCUCGGCCGAGGCGGCAAAGGCGUGGUGUUUUUAGUCCAGACCAAAUCAGCUAGCCAGGAGCUGUUUGCGCUCAAAGUUGUCUCCAGAUCUUCGAUUGAGAAGAGGAGGAACGGGGAUGGCAGCGAGUACAAGCGUGUUUGUUUCGAACAGGAGGUUUUGAGGCGCCUGCGACAUCCGUUAUUGCCUAAACUCCGCGGAGUCUUGUGGACUGAGAACAUCCUUGGAUAUGCUAUUGAUUAUUGUCCCGGAGGUGAUCUGCAUUCUCUUCGAAUGAAAUUGUCCGAAAAAAUGUUCUCCGAUGAUGUUAUCAGAUUCUACGCGGCUGAAUUGGUACUGGCAUUGGAGUAUCUCCACGGAUUAGGCAUCGUUUACAGAGAUUUAAAGCCGGACAACGUGAUGAUCCAAGAAAACGGCCACUUAAUGCUUGUCGAUUUCGAUCUCUCAACUAAGCUCUCCGCCAAGCCUCAGGAGCCUCGAGUCAACUUAGUACAGAAAACAAAUGUCAAAAAGAAGAAAUCAUUCUACAAACGACGUUCAAACUCAGGUGUUUCACCCGAUAACACAAUGGAAUCGAAUGAAACCGUCGAGUCAGACUCGACGGUUUCGAAAUCAAAAUCAUUUGUCGGAACGGAUGAGUACAUGCCGCCCGAAAUGAUCCAAGGCAAGGGCCACGAUUUCGCGGUGGACUCGUGGUGCUUGGGAGUGAUGCUAUAUGAAAUGUUGUACGGUUCGACUCCGUUCAAGGGAAUAAAUCGAAAGGAAACGUAUUAUCGUAUUUUAGCAAAAUCUCCGGACUUAGUCGGUGAAAUGACACCGUUGAGAGAUUUGAUCGGGAAAUUGCUCGAAAAGGACCCGAAACAGAGGAUCUCGAUUCAAAAAAUCAAGGCUCACGAAUUUUUCGUGGGAGUUGAUUGGAGUCUUGUCCUGGACGUUACGAGACCACCUUUUAUUCCAGUGGAGCCAUGUGUUAAGCCUAAGGACAUGGAUGGAAAUAAUGGAAUUGAUGUGGAAUUAUUUGUCCGGGGAGUGUUUAAAGUUGAUGGGGAGAAGGAAAAAGAGUUUGGUGAGUUCAAGAAUGAGCUUCCUAACGAAUCUAACCAUUUUUUGGUUUUUUAAUUUAUAUUUUGAGCAUUUAAUUUAAUUAAAGUAUAUGGAAAAAGUAGGUGAAGUCUGAGAGGAGGCCCCUUUUUCUUAUUUUAACAAGCGGAAAAUGUAUCUACGAAUCUACGUGAAGAGAUGUAGAUUUGUUAAUUUUAAUAAUACUAAUAUUACGUAAAUCAAUACAUCAUGUGUGAUAGUAUCUGUUGAAAUA